UCUAGCUAUAUAAGUGAAAGCCAUAUAAGCGAUAUAGUUCAAAAAAAUAAAUGUACAAUAUAGUUAUCGAAUAAUUAUUGUCAACAUUGAUAGUUACUUCCAAGUGCCCAUUUCUUCCUGCCUUAUCUCCAACAUAUAAAAAUCUUUCUCCACUCACAAAUACACUCAAAACACUCCUACACAACAAUGGCCUUACUUACACAAAACCAUCAUCUCUUCACUCUCGUCUUCUUCUUAGUUAAACUAUUGCUUGCUCAUACUUCAACAUCUGAGACUAUUCUUUCUCCAAUUAUACUUCAGCCUUACAUUAUUGAUUAUCGCAACGGCACCGUUUUGAGAUACAAUACUACCACCCCACCCUCCAUUGUCCCCCCUCCUAAUGACACUCAUGUGCAAUCCAAAGACAUCACCUUCCCCUCUUCUUCCACCCGAAAUCUCGGGGCUCGGGUUUUUCUUCCAGCCCACCCUGACCCGGCCCGGAAACUCCCUGUACUUAUUUACUUCCAUGGGGGAGCCUUUUGCAUUGGCUCCCCAUUCUUCAUUGGUGACAGUGUUUUUGUGGCUAGGGUCGCGGCUGAGGCCCGGGUUCUUGCGAUAGCUAUAGACUAUCGCUUGUACCCGGAGUUUACAGUACCUGCCCCAUUUAACGAUGCAUGGGCUGCCUUCAAGUGGGUGGCAGCCCAUGCAUCUAGUACCAGGCCUAGCCAUGAACCAUGGUUAACCCAAUACGGAGAUUUUCAAAACAUGUUUGUUGGAGGAGAUAGUGCAGGGGGCACCAUAGCUCAUAACUUGGCACUCCGGGCCGGGCUUAGCCCUGGCCCACGCUUUACCGGUCUCUUCUUAGCCAUGCCUUAUUUUCUCGGGUCAAAACGGGUUCCACUCGAGCCUAAAGGCAUUGCGUCCUCUACCAAUUAUAUAGUUUGGUCUUAUGUUUGUGACAAUUGUACAAACGGAGUUGAUAACGCGUUCAUUAACCCAUUUGGGCCCGGGACCCCGAGCAUUUCCCACCUCGGGUGUACGAAGUUGUUGGUUUACACAGCCGAGGUGGAUGAGCUUCGGGGCCGUGGGAUAUGGUACUACAAACGGGUUAAGACAAGCCAAUGGGCAGGUCAGGCUCGAUGGAUCGAGGCCAAGGGAGAAACCCAUGUAUUUCAUAUACUGAAACCUGAAGAUCCAGCAACAGCUACAUUGAUUCAGGAUUUGUCAGCCUUCAUCAAUACUGAUUGAAGCUUUUGUCGUUGGGAUCAGAAUCAUUAGAUUGUAUACUUUUCUUUACUUUGCAUUUUUGUCACGAGAUUACCUCAUUAACAAAUUUCAUUAAGGGAUCGGAAUCUCUAGCUAAGUGAUACACUUCAAUAAUAAAAAGGUACUUGCGUUGGCCUGAA